AUGUCGCUCUAUCAUGAAGCUGCAGAGAUUUUAUCAUCAUCAGCCGACGCCAGCGGAAGCUUGAAAUCACGAGUGUUUGGCAAGAAGAAGGGCAAAUCACCACCCGCACAGCUGUAUGCUCUCGUGCUGGAGAGUGCGAAAUGGAGUCUGGUGCUGAAAGAAGUAAUUGAAAAUGCAGAAAUUUUAAAACUGGAGCGAAAGCUUACGCCUACCCUAGCUUUGCUACUGGUGCAUGAUUUGUUACUUGCAAAGGGAGGAAUCGCGCUGCCGCAGAGCCAUGGGUUAAGAGCAUCGAUUGAGCGCCACAAGGCGCGUCUCAGCUCGGAAUUUACGAGGGCGAGAGUAAGAAGAAAGGCGCCGACAGUGGACUUUUUGAAGGAAUUGGUUGAAAGAGCGUCUGCAGGAGAAGAGGCUAAUUAUCCGAGAUGGGUGCGUGUCAAUGCUCUCAAAAGUACCGUGGAGGAACAGCUAGAGACGACCUUUUCGAAACACACCAGAGCCGAGAGCAUUCAAGACAUUGUGACCAAGUCAGGCAGACACAUCUACAUUGAUCCCCAUGUGCCGAAUUUGCUUGCCAUUUCUGCGGGGAUGGACUUUGCAAAGGUGGAAGCUUAUACAUCUGGGAAAAUCAUCUUACAAGACAAGGCAUCGUGUUUCCCGGCCUAUCUGUUAGACCCGCGAUCUGAGGACGGAGAUGUCAUCGAUGCUUGUUCUGCGCCGGGGAAUAAGACUACGCAUCUCGCAGCAAUCCUUUAUCAGCACCGCCCGGAGUUUGAAGAUGCUCCUCAGACGAUUUACGCUUUUGAGAAGGAUUCAAGAAGAGCCCAGACGCUGGAAAAGAUGGUCAAGAUUGCCGGGUCAAAAAGCGUCACGCGGAUUGGGUUCGGACAGGACUUCCUUCAAGUGGAUCCUACGUCCGAAAAGUACAAGGAUGUGGGAGCUUUACUGCUGGACCCGAGUUGUUCAGGCAGUGGCAUUGUUGGUCGAGACUCAAUGCCCGAGUUACAUUUACCAGAUCCACCGACAGAUAAUCGUGGUGACGAUGAUGGAGUCGAGACCGUGGUGAAGUCAGAAAAGGACUUGGAAGCGCGGUUGGAAGCGCUCUCGUCAUUCCAGUUGACGCUUCUCCUCCACGCAUUCCGCUUCCCCCGAGCGAAGAAGAUUACUUACUCGACAUGCUCAGUUCACUCUCAGGAGAACGAACGAGUUGUCAUUCGAGCCCUGGCAUCGGAUAUUGCAAAAGCCAAGGGAUGGCGUAUCUUGCGACGGGAAGACCAGGUGAGCGGGCUUCGGGACUGGCCCGUCAGGGGCGUGGUUGAGGCCGCAGAGGGUGACGAGACCGUCGCGGAGGGUUGCAUACGGUCGUAUAAGGGGGACGGCCAUGGGGUAAUGGGCUUCUUUGUUGCAGGCUUCGUGCGGGAUUCGGUCGAUAUGGAUUUGGGAGACCAAUAUGAGGGAGGGGCUUCUGUUGAUGUUAUUGACGGGGAUAGUGGUGAGGGGCCAUAUCUCCGCGACGACGAUGGUCGGAUUUUACGGGACGUCGUUGGCAUGCCGGUGCUCAAGUCCACGGGGAGACCUGUUUCGCUCCAUGGAGUGGAUGAGGGAGAGGGAGAUGAAGAUGAUGAGGAAGAGGAAGAAGAGGAAGAAGAUGAGGAGGAUGACAGCGAGGAUGACGAUGACAGUAGUGGCGGAGAUGAAGACGAGUGGGGAGGCAUUAGUGAUGCGUAA